UCAAAUCACAGAAGCAAGAGACAGGAUAGGGUCUGUUACCUCACUGCUAAUUUCCCUAGCAAAUAAACCACCAGCUGCUGGUCCAUGAACCAAGUUGCCACCAGGAACAGGGCACUGUAUGCAUGGGACAGGAUGCUUUCAUGGAGUCCUUCAGCAGCACGGUUGGGAUCUUUCAGUGCAAAAUAUACCUCCUUCUCUUAGGUAAGGCACUGCAUGAAUUGUGUUUCAGCUGUUAUUGUGAAAUGUGGCUCAGGAUCACUACAACUUUCCUUUCCUUCACAGCAGGCGCUUGCUUGGGGCUGAAAGUGACAGUGCCAUCACGCACCGUUCAUGGCAUCAGGGGUCAGGCCCUCUACCUCCCCGUGCACUAUGGAUUCCACACUCCGGCAUCAGACAUCCAGAUCAUAUGGCUGUUUGAGAGACCCCACACAAUGCCCAAAUAUUUACUGGGCUCUGUGAAUGAGUCUGUGGUUCCCGACUUGGAAUACCAACACAAGUUCACCAUGAUGCCACCCAAUGCAUCUCUGCUUAUCAACCCACUGCAGUUCACUGAUGAAGGCAAUUACAUCGUGAAGGUCAACAUUCAGGGAAAUGGAACUCUCUCAGCCAGUCAGAAGAUACAAGUCACCGUUGAUGAUCCUGUCACAAAGCCAGUGGUACAGAUUCAGCCUUCCUCUGGGGCUGUGGAGUAUGUGGGGAACAUGACCCUGACAUGCCUCGUGGAAGAGGGCACCCGGGUGGCUUACCAGUGGCUAAAAAACGAAAGACCUGUCCGUACCAGCUCUACCACCUCCUUUUCUCUCCAAAACAACACCCUUCAUAUUGCUCCAGUGACCAAAGAAGACAUCGGGAAUUACACUUGCCUGGUGAAGAAUCCUGUCAGUGAGAUGGAAAGUGACAUCAUUAUGCCUACCAUAUAUUAUGGACCUUAUGGACUUCAAGUUAAUUCUGACAAAGGGCUAAAAGUAGGGGAAGUGUUUACUGUUGACAUUGGAGAAGCCAUCUUGUUUUACUGUUCUGCUGAUUCUUACCCCCCCAACACCUACUCCUGGAUCCGGAGGACUGACAAUACAACAUAUGUCAUCAAGCAUGGACCUCGCUUGGAAGUUACAUCUGAGAAAGUAGCCCAGAAGCCAACUGAUUAUGUGUGCUGUGCUUACAACAAUGUAACUGGACGGCGAGAUGAAGCUCAUUUCACAGUCAUCAUCACUUCUGUAGGACUCGAGAAGCUUGCACAAAAGGGGAAAUCAUUGUCCCCUUUAGCAAGUAUAACCGGAAUAUCACUCUUUUUAAUUAUAUCCAUGUGUCUUCUCUUCCUAUGGAAAAAAUAUCAACCCUAUAAAGUUAUAAAACAGAAGCUAGAAGGCAGACCAGAAACAGAAUACAGGAAAGCUCAAACAUUUUCAGGCCAUGAAGAUGCUCUGGAAGACUUCGGAAUAUAUGAAUUUGUUGCUUUUCCAGAUGCUGCUGGUGUUCUCAGGAUGCCAAGCAGGUCUGUUCCAGCCUCUGAUGGUGUAUCAGGACGAGAUUUGAACAGUACAAUUUACGAAGUCAUUCAGCACAUCCCUGCCCAACAGCACGACUGUCCAGAGUAAGUAUGAACUUGCAUUUGGUGAUGCUACUUUGGAGAGGCUCAGCAUUCAGUCCCUGCUUUCCCCAGAAUUUAUUGAAAGACUCAGAAGAAAUAAAUUAAAACAGGAAAUUACAGCUUCUGUACAUUUGAAGAAAUUUCCCCACUGGAAAAUAAUUUUAGGGAAAAAAUAGAUAAACACAAGUAUCUCCUAGGAUUGUGCACUUGGGCCAGCGGACUAGGCGCAGAGCUCUGGAAUCCAGUGUUUCCCCCAGUGAAUCUACAUCUGGGUAUGAAAGAGAUUUUCAGGCAGGUUUGCAAGC